AUGGCGAAUCGAUACUCGACCUACUCGAAUACUUCGUCCGCGGUUGCACCCAGACCAGCCACUCAGCAUGCUACCCAAGUCUCUACGACAACGCUACUUAACUCGCUACAUGCCAUCUACAGUGCAGGCCAGACAUAUCAGCUCGAUGUCAGCACGAGCCUGGCCAUCAACACCUGGCUGACCGCGAUCAACCCUGACGCACAGGGGCGGACUGGAGGAACUGUUGAUGCUGAAAUAGCGAAUCGAGCUUGGGAGCACGCAAGAAGACGAGCCGAAGAUGCGUGCAUCGUCCUGGGCUCGUUACAUCCCUCGACGCCCUCCCUGCUUACAUCCUUCCUACAGCUUGUACCACUCGAAACGCCUGCGGUCGUCUUCACUGCUCUGUCAGCAAUCCGGCCGUUCUUGACUUGUAUAACGCCGCAAAAUGUUGCCGCUGGUCGUCAUUCGUCUUUGGCUGUCACAUACCACGUAAAUCUCAGUGGAAAGGUCAACUCAGUGCGGUUGGCUCUUUCAACGUCAGGAAUCGAUGUCUCGAAAGGCUUGCUCAACAUCCCAUCAGAAAAGGGAUACCGUGCUUUCGACGUAUUCUACUACCUCCUGACGAACGCUUCAACUGCCGCCGAGCGAGAAUUCCUCGACCUGAAACACCCCUCAAAAUAUUCCCUUCUCAAUAAGUCCGGCACCUACGACCCACCGACCUACCUCCCCUCCGCCGACGACGCAGCGGCCGCCGAAGACUUCCGCGCAGCAAUCAAGGCCAUUGGCAUAAAAGGUGCUGCGUUCCGAGGCUUUCUUUCCACACUUGCUGGUCUCCUGAAGCUGGGCGAGGCAGCAGGAUUUCUGAUUGAUUCGGAGAUCCUGGACGAGGUAUGCGAAGAUGUUGGUGGUCUCCUCGGUGUAGAACCUGAAGUCUUGUCACAACGGUGCGACACAACCGAGCGAGAAGUCUUCAUUGCCGGAGUCUACGAAGCACUUGUCGACUGGGUCAUCGCCCAGGCCAAUGAGGCUAUUGCACAAGAUCUCCGCUCGGGAGCGACUACUCCCGAUUCGGAGUCUCACGCCGGCGACGAGGUCAGCUUGACUGUUGUGGACAUGCCAGGCGAAACACUGGGCAAAGCCGUGGCUCUGAGGAAUAUUUUCGAUGACUCGACAGGCAUCAAUCUGGAGAUGAAGGAUGACGGUGUGGACGUGGUUUCUGCUGGACACUCGGUCGUCAAAGAGAUGCAAAAUGCUGUUGCUGAAGUUGAAGCCGACCUUGGCAUAAUGAACGGUCCUACCGGCCGAGAAAGAGAACACGAUCGCGACCGGCGGCAGGGUGUCCUCGAGAAGAUCGGCAUCGAGGCCGAAGCUGGAGGCUUCCUGAAGUCACUGCUCUAUCCAGUAGAGGGUCGAUUCGAUCUAUCCGCAACAUUAGCUAGUAGCAGGAUCUGGUAUCAGCUAUCUCUGCAUCCGACCGACGAUGCUCCGAGCACUCUGGCAGCCCUGCCGACUUCGACAACAGCUUGGUCGGCUGGUGCAGUCUCGCGGCAACUACGCGCCUGGAGGCUACCAGAAUGGGCCAACCGCCGGAACAGACACCUAGACUUCACGGCCGACUUCGAUGUCGACGAGUUCGUCACUCGCUACUCAAGACUUGGCUGCCAAGAAGGUCGUGACGGUAUCGAAACAUUCAUGCUCGAACGAGGAUGGACGAAUGGAGAGGUUGUCGUCGGCAAAGAGCGCGUCUGGAUGCGUGAGACCGCCUGGUGGGAAGCGGAGUCUAUGCUGGAUCUCAAGCCAGAAGACAUGGCAUAUGACAAUGUCAACCCUUUCGCGACAGGCUACUCAUCAAUACCUCCGAACAACAAUAGUGGCUUUUUCCCGCCCAUGGACGCGAUCAGUGUACAAGACAGCCGGGAGAACCUGGUUGCCCCCGCAGAUCGGGCCAGAUCGAUUGCUCCUACCAUGGCGCGCACUGUUCAGACCAUCGGCGGAGACUAUGGCCUCGGUCCGAAGGGCGAUGACCACAGGGAUCAGACCCUUUACUACGAUCCUGAUCUCGGCCGUUAUGUUGGAGAACUCGAUCCAGAAUUUGGCGAUCCUCGAGACAUUCAGACCAAGAGGACGUCUUUCGGGCGCCAGGUCUGGGUGUCAUUUGUCUGGGCGCUUACUUUCUGGGUGCCAUCGGUACUGUUACGCUUCGUUGGUCGCAUGAAGCGACCAGACGUGCGCUUGGCAUGGCGCGAGAAGGUGGUUCUGGUCCUGAUGAUUUUCCUUCUCAAUGCGCUGAUCAUUUUCUAUAUCGUCUUCUUCGGCAAGCUACUCUGUCCUAACAUGGACAAGGUAUGGAAUGCAAAGGAAGUUGGCUACCAUCAGGGCGCGGAUGACUUCUACGUCAGUAUCCACGGCAAGGUCUACGAUAUCACCAAAUUUGCGAAAGAGCAACACAGCGAUAGCAGCGUCAAGACGACGUCAGAUGUCAUGCUCCCUUUCGCAGGCCAGAACCUGGACGGGUAUUUUCCUCCACCCCUCGACAUAGCCUGUCCGGGUCUCGUGACUGAUGAUUCAGUCGUGCUGCAGCACAAUGACAGCAGUGUUAUUGAUAUCAAUCCAACAGCAAUUCAUUCGUCUGGUCCUCGCGCGCAAACUGGUUCGCAAGCGCUCAAGAACGACCGAUGGUAUCCUGAUGUCUUCCUGCCUGCAAUUGAGGAGUACUACAAGGGCGAUCUAGUGGUGUCGACUGGUCAGAUCAGCCAACAGGCCAAGCAGGACAAUCGCCAGUGGGUUCGGAUCAACAACGACAUCUAUGAUCUGACCGAUUACUUUUACACUCUCGGAGCCAUGGAUGGUUAUGCGACCUAUUCAUUCUUUCCAGAAGAGGUCAGCGACCUUAUACAACAGAAUACUGGCAGCAACAUCGCCGAUAUGUGGGGCGAUUCGGUCAUCUUCAAGAACAGUCUCAACUGCAUGAACAACGCCUUCUAUGUGGGCAAGACGGACUUCCGCGAAACACCAAGAUGCAAGGUUCAGGAUUAUCUGCUGCUGGCAUUCAUGAUCAUCCUGGUAUUGGUCAUUCUGUCGAAGUUCCUGGCUGCCCUCCAGUUCGGCUCCAAGCGCAGGCCUGCGCCUCAAGACAAGUUCGUCAUUUGUCAAGUCCCAGCCUACACGGAAGGUGAAGAUCAUUUGCGGAAGUCACUAGACUCACUCACGGCUCUACAGUACGACAACAAGCGGAAGCUCAUCUUUGUUGUUUGUGAUGGCAUGAUUGUUGGUGGUGGCAAUGACCGUCCUACGCCCAAGAUUGUGCUCGAUAUCCUAGGAGUGGAUCCUAAGAUUGACCCUCCUGCCCUUCCAUUCCGCUCUAUUGGCAAUGGCAACGAGCAGCUCAACUAUGGAAAGGUCUAUUCUGGAUUGUACGAAUAUGAGGGCAAUGUUGUACCGUACAUCGUUGUGGUGAAGGUCGGCAAAGAGUCUGAGCAAACCAAGUCCAAGCCAGGAAACCGUGGAAAGCGUGACUCCCAGAUCUUGCUUCUACAGUUCUUAAACCGUGUCCACCACCGAAGUCCCAUGGCGCCGCUCGAGCUUGAAAUCUUCCACCAGAUCAACAACAUCAUAGGCGUUGAUCCCGAGCUCUAUGAGUACCUCCUGAUGGUGGACGCUGAUACCAUGGUCCGAGAAGACUCCUUGAAUCGCCUGGUCGCGGCCUGCGCCAACAAUACCAAGAUUGCUGGUAUCUGCGGAGAGACUAGUCUCGAGAACGAAGAACGCAGUUGGUGGACGAUGAUUCAGGUGUACGAGUAUUACAUUUCGCACCAUCUCGCCAAGGCUUUCGAGUCGCUGUUCGGCAGUGUCACCUGCUUGCCUGGUUGCUUCUGCAUGUAUCGACUACGCACCGCCGACAAGGGACGCCCACUAAUCAUCUCCGACAAAGUCGUCUCCGAAUACGCUGACAUCGAAGUCGACACGCUACACAAAAAGAACCUUCUCUCCUUGGGUGAGGAUCGAUACUUGACAACCCUGAUGAUGAAGCACUUUCCAGCUAUGUCAUACAAGUUCGUCCCCGAUGCUUUCGCCCAAACCGCCGCCCCCGAGACCUGGUCCGUACUACUCUCCCAGCGCCGACGCUGGAUCAACUCCACCAUCCACAAUCUCGCCGAAUUGAUCUGGCUGAAAGACCUCUGCGGCUUCUGCUGCUUUUCUAUGCGUUUUGUCGUCUACCUCAUCUACCGCGUCGCGACCGGCACUGGCCAGUUCCCACUCUUCUCCCUCAUCAUGAUCGCCGCCGUCUACGGUCUGCAAGCCAUCAUCUUUAUUGUCAAGCGCCAAUGGCAGCACAUCGGCUGGAUGAUCAUCUACGUCAUCGCCUACCCCGUUUACAGCUUCAUCCUGCCCAUCUACUCGUUCUGGAAGCAAGACGACUUCUCUUGGGGCAAUACUCGUGUUGUCAUUGGCGAAAAGGGUAACAAGAAGGUCGUUGCCACCACCGACGAAGGCUUCGAUCCCCGCUCUAUUCCCUUGCAACGAUGGGACGACUACGCAUUGACCAAUAACUUGCCUGGCGCCCGCGGCAACCCUGACAACACCGCUAGCAUAAUGCACGAGAAGUCCGGCUUCCAAGCCUCCUACCACGAUGACCCCGCCAUGAUGAUGGAAAUGGACGAUAUGCGCUCCACCUACUCCUCUGUGAAACCCGCAAGCACCAUCCUCGCCGGCUUUCCUCAACAACAACGCGGCGUCAGCGGCAUCAGUCACAAUCCAUACAUGCCUCCGCAAUCUCCUCUGACACCUUUCGGAAAUGGUAUGAACAACCGAGCAAGUACCAUGACCGGCCUCACUGGGUUCCACGACCAACCUGCCAGCGUUCACGGCCGCAACAUGAGCAUGCUCAGCCUUGGCAGCCAAGCGCAGCAUCAACGCAUGCAGUUCAAUGGAUCACCAGCCCUUCCCGCUUACACAGACAUGCAGACCGUCAGCCGCAGCCCAUACACCUCAGGGCUUCCUGCCUCGACUUCUCGCCCCUCACUUCUGGGUAUCAACAGCAAUUCGCGGCCGUCCUCCACAGUCUUGGACUUUCGCGCGGGCCCAAAACUGCUUGCCGGACCCUCGGACUCCGAGCUGGUAGAAGCAGUGCGCUCGGUCCUUGCGGAGGUGGACCUGGACAGUGUGACGAAGAAGCAGGUCAGGGCGUUGGUGGAGCAGAGGCUGCAGUGUGAGGUUCCUGUUGGCGAGCGCAGGAGCUUCUUGGAUCGGGCUAUUGAUGGAGAGUUGGCGAAUAUGUAG